UGGGGUUUUAGUGCAAGUACACGGUAUUAAAUUACGCAAGGGGAGGCCAUUCCUGGACUGGGUCGCAAGCAAAACAAAGUAGCAACUUAAGUAGCUAGUAAGCUAGCUAAGUUGUCUACAUAUUUCACAGACGAACCACGAUGAGUCUUAAUAAAGCAGAGCUUUGCGACUCAUUACUAAACUGGUUGCAGACAUUUCAGGUUCCCUGCUGCAGCAGCAAGCAGGACCUGACCAGUGGGGUGGCCAUCGCUCACGUGCUGCACAGAAUAGACUCCUCCUGGUUCAAUGAGACAUGGCUGGGCAGAAUCAAGGAGGAGAGUGGGGCCAACUGGAGACUCAAGGUGAGCAACCUGAAGAAGAUCCUGCAGAGCAUGCUGGAGUAUUACCACGACGUGUUGGGCCACCCGGUGUCAGAUGAGCAUCUUCCGGAUGUCUGCUUGAUUGGGGAGAUGGGAGACGUAACUGAACUAGGAAAGCUUGUGCAGCUGGUGCUGGGCUGUGCUGUCAGCUGUGAGAAGAAACAAGAGCACAUCCAGCAGAUUAUGACCCUGGAGGAGUCUGUCCAGCACGUUGUCAUGACCGCCAUCCAAGAGUUGCUGACUAAAGAGACUGUAGAACCAGGAAGCCCUGAGACGUAUGGAGACUUUGACUAUCAGUCUCGGAAGUACUAUUUCCUCAGCGAAGAGGUGGAGGAGAAGGAGGACCUGAGUGGGCGUUGCCGGGAGCUGGAGCACCAGGUUUCGGUGGUUGUGGAGGAGAAGGCCCUGCUGGCUGCAGAGCUGCUCUCUCUGAAGGAGCGGCUGUCCUCCUCGGACCCCCAGAACGCCUCCUCCACCAUCACCGGCAAGAAGCUGCUUCUGCUGCAGAGCCAGAUGGAGCAGCUGCAGGAGGAGAACUUCAGGCUGGAGGGCGCUCGAGACGACCUCCGCCUGCGCGAGGAGGCGCUGGAGAGGGAGGUCUCGGAUCUGCAGCAGCGCAACGAGGAGUUGACCAGCCUGGCAGAGGAGGCGCAGACGCUCAAGGACGAGAUGGACAUCCUGAGGCACUCCUCGGACCGCGUGAGCCGGCUGGAGGCGCUGGUGGACACGUACAAGCGGAAGCUGGAGGACCUGGGAGACCUGCGCAGGCAGGUGCGUCUCCUGGAGGAGAGGAACACCGUGUACAUGCAGCGCACCUGCGAGCUAGAGGAGGAGCAGCGGCGGGCCAACGCCGUCCGCAGCCAGCUGGACACCUACAAGAGACAGGUCCAUGAGCUCCACACCAAACACUCAUCUGAGGCCCUGAAGGCCGAGAAGUGGCAGUUUGAGUACAAGAACCUGCACGACAAGUACGAGGCCCAGCAGAAGGAGAAGGAGCGGCUGAUCUCAGAGAGGGACACACUGCGCGAGAACAACGAGGAGCUGCGCUGUGCUCAGGUACAGCAGAAGUGCCUGAGCCAAGCAGGAGGCCUGUGUGAAGAUGACUCCAGCACCGUAGGAAACCUGGCUUCUGAAAUCAUGCCCACAGAGUUCAAGGAGACGAUGGCGCGUCUGCAGAGUGAGAACCGCAUGCUGUGUGUACAGGAGGAGAGCUACAGGCAGCAGCUGCUGGAGGUGCAGGGCCAGCUGGAGCAGUCUCAGCGCAGCCAGAACACCCUGGAGACCCAGAACAGGUUGAGCCAGCAGCAGGUGUCUGAGCUGCGCUGUCAGGUAGAGGAGAUGCAGAGGGCUCUCCAGGAGCACGGCAGCAAGGCCGAGGAUUCAUCCCUGCUGAAGAAGAAGCUGGAAGAGCAUCUGGAGAAGCUGCACGAGGCCCACUCAGACCUGCAGAAGAAGAAGGAGUACAUCGACGACCUGGAGCCCAAAGUAGACGACAACAUGGCCAGGAAGAUCGGCGAGCUGCAGGAGAUCCUGAAGAAGAAGGAUGAGGACAUGAAGCAGAUGGAGGACCGCUACAAGCGCUACGUGGAGAAGGCGCGCACGGUGAUUAAGACGCUGGACCCCAAACAGCAGUCCCCUUCCUUAUCACCUGAGCUGCUCACCCUGAAGAACCAGCUGAGCGAGAAGGAGCGCAAGAUCCAGCACCUGGAGCAUGACUUUGAGAAGUCCAAGUCCAGGCACGAGCAGGAGGAGAAGCUCAUCAUCAGUGCCUGGUACAACAUGGGCAUGGCUCUGCAUCAGAAGGUGGCAGGUGACCGUUCGGGCUCGCCGGGCCAGGCUCAGUCCUUUCUGGCCCAGCAGAGACAGUCCUCCCACGCCAGGAAGGGCCUGGCCUCCAGACUGCAGCCCAGAUAAGAGCCGGCCCGGCUCCAGGACCCGGGGCGGAGGAUGAGCAGUGGUUUAUGGCCUCAGUACAGCACCAUGCGAAGGAAUGGCAGCACAGUGUCCCUGUUUGUGUCGGCCAUUUUCUCUGCUCCUCUUCGCUCUCUCUGGCGGCCCCUGCUGUUCAUCAGUGUUUUUCUACGAUCUCUGCUCUCUGGGUUUUAAUUUUUUUCCAGGCAUGGUACUGGCUCCCUCUACAGGUUCAUACUGGUACUGGCAAUGGUUGAUUCCUGCAGAAAAUGUUUCAAUCUUUCGUGCUGGUCACAAACAUGGAAAACAAACGCAUACUCGCCUCAAGCUUGCAGGAUUUAAUCUUUUUUUUUUUUUUAUGAUAAAUUUGUGAUAUAGAAUAUCUCACAAGAGCACACCGAUUAGAAUCUUGCAUAUUUCCUGUGCAUCUAUUUGUGAUUUGGUCUUUUUAAACUGUAAAUAGUUUUUAUUGUAGUAUUAUUAUUAUUAUUAUUAUUAUUAUUAUUAUUAUAGGUGUGGUCUGAACGGCCCUUCGUAAGAAGUGCACAGUGUAGAGAGCCCGAACAGAAAGGCCUUAAUGUUGGAACACUAAUCACACUGAUUAAUUGUGCCUGAUGUGACAGACAUUACAGGAGGAACCAGCCUGCUGUUUCUUGGCUUUUUAAAGUCCGUUUCUAUCAAUGGAAAUUAAAUUUCUUUAUAAUUGGGGAAAAGGGGGACUGAAUGACGCUAAUCUGAGGCAAAUGGUCGCUCCCUCUUUGGAGCUAAAUGGUGGCGAGACCACUAUUAAAGAGGUUCGAAGAGAACAAUGCCUGCAGCACAGAAUACGCUUCAACUGGAGAAAAACCUUCAUUUAGACACUGCACUCUACUAGGAGGUAAUCUUUUAAAAUGUUGAAAUAUGUAGUCCAUUUUAUUUACUCUGAUUACAUUGUGUAUUGCUAUGAAUUUUACUGAUCAAGACGUCAUCCCCAUUUCACUGAAGUGAUGUGCGAUGCUGUGGAUUUCACUCUGGUGGUCAUACUACCAGGCUGUCUGAACAAAAUGCCACAGGCCUUUAAAAUCCUAAGAUGAGAAGGAACUCUGCUAGUCGGUCCGUUUUGCUGUCCACCGUUUUGACUUGUUUUGAGUCGUCUUUACUUUUGUCCUUUUGUGUGUUUUGAAGUGGUCACACUGUCUUGUAAAACUGCAUUGAAACGGAGUUGAAACGCUGGCGGAACUUCUCUCUCAAAAAAAAAAACAAACAAAAAAAAAAGACAAAAAAAAAAAAAAACAUUUUCACCAAGUUGCUAUGAAUGAAUAAUUCAAGGUUCCUCAAGAACUUUUGUGUGCAACUGAAAUCUGUGCUGCUUAGUGGACAAAACAGGUAUUGCACAGGCCUGCACAAAUGAGCAUGAUGUUCCAUUGUGCACCUCUAUGUAUCUCCUCUAACACUACAUUAUGUAUAUGGUACACUGACACUAAAUUAUGUGUGGUACAGAUGAGUCACUGUCCCUCCAUACCUAUUUUAGACUUGCACUUCUGAGUGAUUAGUAAACUUCCCCACGAUAAACAAAGGGCACUUUUAACUUGAUCUAAUGGAGAGACGUGCUUUUAUGACUCCCACCUCUUUUUCCUAGCUACUUUGAUAAUUUGAACACUUGAUGGCACCGAUAAGCUUGAAGUGCAUGAUAGAGGCUGUUCCUUGUGUACAGAACUUCUGACCAUUUGGAAUAUGAAUGUAUAUGUGCAAAACUGGAUCAAAGUCCGGUCUGAGUUCCUCAGAGAAUGCUGUUGUACUUAAACUACCUGGGAGAGUACUGUUCUACAAUAAUUACAGGUGCUAUGCUCGGUUUGGUAGCAAAUACACUGAAGCUAACCUUGCUUUGAACCCAUGUUGUACCUCGUGCACAUAGAUGAAUGUCACACCCUAACAUCCAUUGCUUUUUUCUUCUUUUUUUGACAAUUCUUUGGGAAAACUACCAAUGAUACCUGGCUUUGUUCAGACCUAAAUUGGUUUCUGUAAUGUAUUUUCUCUGGACUGAAAUGUGCAAAAACUGCUCUUCCCAACUCCUGUAAUUAGCUUUUUUAAAAUAUUGUUCUUGUAAAAUUAUUUGUCUUUCCAUGUAAUGCUUGUUAAUCAUUGGGGUUCCAAUCGUAAUCUUAGAAACCCAUUAGUGAACUAUAUAUGAGUGAGCUUCUGAGAACCCCGCAACAUGUUUCUGCAUAUUGGAUAUCGUACUUGAUAUCGAGUAUGAUAUGAUAUCAAGUGCUGGAUAAAGUGUAUACUUCCAAACAUUGAUUUGGGUUAACUGUGCUAAUGGUUUCAUUUUAAUUUUCAAAUCUGUAUCCCUACUAACUGACCGUAUCGUCUGUGUGUUUGUGUGUGUGAAACUGAUUUAACUCCACACUGUUUUAGCUCUUUUGGUAAGAAACCCAAGUUCAUUGUAUAGCUGUACUUCUGUAACCCAUUCUACAAGGCCAAGGGGUUGCUAGGGAUUUCUGUUUCUUAGACUUCUGACUUUGUUUUAUUAUUUUAGAAAUUGGUUAUCAGGAAUAGAGGGGUCGUGUGCAAAUUCUAGGUUUAGUCAGUCCAUCUGUUUUGUUUCUUGCACUACAAAUAAAACAGACAUUGGGUACCAGAA